AUGUACGACGUCUCAAAAAUGCAGAACACAGCAUCAACUUUAUUCUCGGCGUACGCUUCUCUUGCGGCGUCGAUGAUGCUUGUUCGCACGAUGGCUAACGAUCUCAUCCCAAAAUCACUCCUGACAUAUAUCCAAUCAGCUAUCAGUUAUCUCUUCACUCCACUUUCUACCCAACUCACCAUCAUCGUCGAUGAACAGUGUGGAAUGACCCGAAAUCAAGUUUAUGAGGCCGCCGAAAUUUACCUCCGUACCAAGAUCGGUCCAAACGCCGACAAAGUCCGGGCCCACAAAACCCCUAAACAGAAAAACAUCAACGUGAGCAUAGAGAAGGAUGAGGAGAUCACUGAUGUAUACGGCGUCGUACAGAUGAAAUGGAGAUUGGUUUCUGUUGAGCCUCAAGAAAGACAUGGGUUUACCCCAGAAAAAAGAUUUUUUGAGCUGAGUUUUAAUAAGAAGUUUAAAGAAAGUGUUUUGAAUGAGUAUUUACCCUUUGUGUUGACAAAGGCUAAAGAAAUUCAAGAUAAUGAUAGGGCUGUGAAAUUAUAUACAAGGGAUUGUCCUUGUGGUAGUGAUGAUGAUGGGUAUGGGUAUGGAGGUGGGGGUGGUGGGGUUUGGGGUUCCAUAAAUUUGGAUCAUCCUGCAACUUUUGAUACUUUGGCUAUGGAACCUGAAAUGAAGAAGAUGAUAAUUGAGGAUCUUGAUAGAUUUGUAAAAAGGAGGGAUUUUUACAAGAAAGUUGGUAAGGCUUGGAAAAGAGGGUAUCUUUUGUAUGGACCUCCUGGAACAGGGAAAUCUAGCUUGAUUGCUGCCAUGGCCAAUUACUUGAAGUUCGAUAUAUAUGAUUUGGAACUCACCAGUUUGUAUUCUAAUUCGGAAUUGAGAAGAAUUUUGAUUUCCACUUCGAAUCGAUCCAUUAUUGUGAUUGAAGAUAUUGAUUGUAGUGUGGAAAUGCACGAUCGAAAUCUUGGGCAUCAACCCACUGACACUAAGAUAACGUUAUCGGGUUUGUUGAACUUCAUUGAUGGAUUGUGGUCCAAUUGUGGGGAUGAAAGAAUUAUUGUAUUUACAACCAACCAUAAGGAGAAGUUGGACCCUGCUCUGUUGAGACCUGGUCGAAUGGAUAUGCAUAUUCAUAUGUCCUAUUGUACUAAUCAGAGUUUCAAGAUUCUGGCUUUUAACUACUUGGGUGUAUCUGAUCAUAGACUAUUCGGGGAGAUUGAAGGCCUAAUCAAGAAUGUAGAGGUUACCCCUGCAGAAGUUGCAGAGGAACUGAUGAGAAGUGAGGAUGCUGAGGUUGUCCUUGAGGGAGUGCUUAAUUUACUCAAGCGAAAAGCGGCUGAAGCCAAUGAAAUCAAGGAGGAGAAGAGUCCUAGCACACCAGAAGACAAUGACAAGGACGAUAUUGAGGAUGAAAAGGUUGAUGGAGGUGAGAUUCAAGAAGCUAAAAGACUGAGAACUGAAGUGUUGGUACAUACUUUGAGAAACCAAAGGAGAGGAAGAAUGAGAAUAGGAAGACCGAAUAGAGGACGAGGGGCGCGUUGGUAAGGGUAAAGGAAGAUGGGCAAAUGUAGGUAUUAUACUAGUGCAAUUUCCCGAUGCUUAAUGUGUAAACGUAUGCACUUUUCACUUGUUUUUUUGAUCAAAUAUAUAAGUGCACGGUAACGAGUAAAGAAAUUUCUUAACUUUCGAGAUCAGGGCAAUUGGCAAUGCAGAUGUUUAUUGUAACAAGUUCUCAGGAACUUGUCAUGGUUCUAAUGUUAUCUUAGUACAGUAUUACUAGCAUUUUUC